AUGUCUUACUCAAAGCCUAGUGAGAGGACCAGUUGUUGUUCUCUCAGUCCUAGCAAGACCCAGGAGAGGUCGCAUGCAAGGAUGUUAUCACAAACAACCCUUGAUUCUGAACUUAAUGCAGAAUAUGAAGAAUCGGGUAAUUCCUAUGACUACUUCAAGUUGGUUAAAGCACAGCGGACCACCCAAAGUGAACCUAAACAACUAGGGCGUCCAGAGAAGGUCAUAGCGUACUUGCAGCAGAUUCAGAGAGCCAAGUUAAUCCAACCGUUUGGUUGCUUGUUGGCCCUUGAUGAGAAGAGCUUCAAUAUUAUUGCAUUCAGUGAGAAUGCACCUGAAAUGCUGAUGGCAACUGUUGAUGACGAUGCUCCAAAGAUAAAGAUUGGCACCAAUGUUCAGUCCAUUUUCUCUGGCCAUAGUGUCGCCGCCCUGCAUAAGGCACUCAAAUUUGAUGAUGUUUCAUUGCUGAAUCCUAUUAUAGUUCAAUGCAAGACCCCAGGCAAGCAAAUGUAUGCCAUUGUCCAUAGGUCUAUCGGUUCUCUGGUGGUAGAUUUGGAGCCUGUGAAGCAUACUGAAUUCCCUUCCAUUGCCAUUGGGACUACACAGUCUUACAAGCAUGCUACCAAGGCAAUCUCUAAGAUGCAGUCACUACCAGGAGGAAGCAUGCAGAUCCUAUGCAAUACUGUGGUUAAGGAAGUGUUUGACCUUACCGGUUAUGAUAGGGUCAUGGCUUACAAGUUCCAUGAAGAUGACCAUGGUGAGGUCAUUGCGGAGAUCACAAAACCUGGUCUUGAGCCUUAUCUUGGUCUACACUAUCCGGCCACUGAUAUUCCUCAAGCUGCCAGGGUUCUUUUCAUGAAGAGCAAAGUACGGAUAAUUUGUAAUUGUCGAGCAACUUCUGUGAAGAUAAUAGAAGCUAAAGGACUCCCCUUUGAUAUAAGUCUAUCUGGCUCAACUCUUAGAGCUCCACACAAUUGUCACCUUGAGUAUAUGGAGAACAUGAACUCAAUUGCAUCACUUGUCAUGGCUGUAGUAAUAAAUGAGAAUAGAGAGGGUGAUGAUGUCAAGCCUGAAGAACCUCCAAAAGGACUCAAGAGUAGGAGACUAUGGGGUCUCCUUGUUUGCCACCAUGAGAGCCCUAGAUAUAUCCCCUUUCCAGUGCGGUACGCUUGUGAGUUCCUGGCAGAAGUAUUUGCUGUCCAUGUGAACAAUGAAUUUCUAUUGGAGAAGCAGAUACGAGAGAAAAGCAUCCUUGAUGUACAGACAAUGCUCUCUGCUAUGUUGUUCCAUGAAGCAUCUCCCCUGAGCAUCAUAUCUGGGAGUCCAAAUAUCAUGGACCUUGUUAAAUGUGAUGGUGCUGCUCUUUUGCAUGGUGACAAAGUGUGGCGGCUAGGCAUGGCUCCAACGGAGCCUCAGAUACAUGAUAUCACCUCAUGGCUAUCAAAGGUUCAUAGGGAUUCCACCGGUUUCAGUACCGAUAGCCUUGUUGAUGCUGGAUAUUCAGGAGCAACUUCCCUUGGUGACAAGAUUUGUGGAAUGGCAAUGGCUAAGAUUGCCCCAAAUGAUAUUGUUUUCUGGUUUAGGUCACAUACAGCUGCUGAUAUCAAAUGGGGUGGUGCAAAGCAUGAUCCAUUUGACCAGGAUGACAACAGAAGAAUGCACCCUAGGUUGUCCUUCAUGGCAUUCCUCGAGGUUGUCAAGAUGAAAUGCCUGCCAUGGAAUGACUAUGAGAUGGAUGCUAUUUGCUCAUUGCAGCUCAUACUUGGAGAUAGGAUGAAUGGUGCAACAAAACCAACUGGAGCAGCUGGUUUCGAUAACCUACAGAUUCAUGAUAUCAAGCUUGAUUGUCUUGAUAAAUUGCAUAUGGUUACAAGUGAAAUGGUUCAUCUAGCGGAAGCAACAAGUGCUCCAAUUUUGGGUGUAGAUGUUAACGAAUUGCUCAAUCAGCAGAACCGGAACAAUGCUAUCAAGCUAGCCAAGGAUUCUUGUUUGGAUAGCCAGGAUGGUGGUCAUCAGUAUCACAAGCUAGAUGGGCUUGCUGAAUUGCAGACAAUGACAAAAGAAAUGUCUUGUCUAAUGGAAACAGCAUCUGUUCCAAUAUUUGCAGUUGAUGCAAAUGGGUUGGUCAAUGGAUGGAACCUUAAGUUAGUGGAGCUGACAGGAUUGACAGUGCAGGAGACUAUAGGAAGGAACAUACUUACCCUGGUAGAGCAAUCGUCUUUCCAAGUUGUACAGAAAAUGCUAUACUUGGCUCUGGAAGGCAAAGAAGGGAACGAUGUUCGAUUUGAAGUGAAAACCCACAGUUCAAGGGUAGAUGAUGGGCCGAUUAUCUUAGUUGCAAAUGCUUGUUCCAGACGUGACAUUUCUGGCCAUGUAAUUGGGGUGUUCUUUGUGGCCCAAAAUAUGACUGUUCAUAAGUUGGCCAUGGACAAAUUUACUCGAGUUGACGGAGACUACAAGGCAAUCAUUCACAACCCGAACCCACUCAUUCCUCCUAUAUUUGGUGCUGACCAGUUUGGGUGGUGCUCCGAGUGGAAUGCCGCCAUGACUAAGCUUACUGGGUUCCAUAGAGAUGAGGUGCUCGAUAAGAUGCUUGUUGGUGAAGUCUUUGACAGUAGCAAUGGCUCCUGUCUUUUGAAGAACCAUGAUUCAGUUGUACGCCUUUGCGUCAUUAUCAACAGUGCACUGGCUGGUGAACAAACAGAUAAGGCUACAUUUGGCUUCUACAACCGAAAUGGGAAGUACAUUGAAUGUAUUUUGUCAGCUUAUGGAAAAGAAAACACAGAUGGCAUCAUUGAUGGAGUAUUCUGCUUCAUACAUGUUCCUAGCCAGGAGCUGCAACAUGCACUGCAUGUGAAGCAAGCCUCGGAGCAGACGACCUUAAGACGGAUGAAGGCUUUCUCCUACAUGAGAUAUGCCAUCAACAAUCCUCUCUCAGGUUUGUUUCACACCACAGAAGCAUUGAAGAGCACAGGUUUGAAUGAAGAGCAGAUGAGACACCCCAAUGUUGCAGAUCGUUGUCGCCGCCAGCUGGACAAGAUACUUGCUGACAUUGAUCAUGAUAACAUAACUGAGGAGUCAUUUUGCUUUGAGCUGGAGAUGGUUGAAUUUGUAUUGCAAGAUGUGGUAGAUGGUGCUGUAAGUCAAGUAUUGAUAGCUUGCCAGGACAAAGACAUUGGAGUCCAUGUAAACCAGUCAGAGGGAUUUAUGAAGGAAAAACUUUAUGGUGAUGGAAUUCGACUCCAACAGAUUCUCUCUGACAUUCUAUUUGUUUCAGUGAAGUUCUCUACAGUUGGGGGCUCUGUUGAGAUUUCCUGCAACCUGACCAAGAACAGCAUUGGCAAAAGCCUUGACCUAGAACUUAGGAUCAAACACAAGGGAUUAGGUGUCCCUGGGGAAAUCUUGUCAGGAACUUACAAGGAUGACAUCAAAGAUAUGUCAGGGGAGGGUUUAAGCCUCGUAGUUUCAAGAUACCUUUUGAAGCUUAUGAAUGGCGACAUUCAUUAUGUAAGGAAAGUUGGCACGUCAACUUUCAUCCUCACGGCUGAACUUGCUUCUGCUCGUGCAGUCAUUGGACAAUGA